AUGGCAACAUUCGGUCGUUCAAAAAAACGUAGGUAUCAAAGAAACAGAAAUAAAUUAACUUAUGCUGCACAAUAUUUGAUGCAAGAGAUUUUACAAGAACUGCUGCAUAUUAAGGAACCUUGCCAUAUGAUAGCUGAUCAUUUGAAAAAUGAUAGGAAGCUUUGGAGUCGUUUAACAAAAAACGAAAGGGACAUCAUUUUAAAGGCUUCUACAGAUGGUUAUUCAGAUUUUGACGUAUCUUUAAUAUAUAAAGCACUGCGAAGUUUAAACAUAAUUCCUUAUCCUACAAAGGGAUGGGGACAUGAAACAGAUCCAGAAAGUUCUGAAACAACUGUUGGUGAUGAUAUUGAACGAAUACGACGAUAUAGGAAUGUCAUUGCUCAUCCACGUGAAGGGAACUUUAAAGUAACAGACGAAGAAUUGACCCAGUGGUUUUCUGCAUUUAAAGAUGUUGCCAAAAGAAUGGAAAUAUAUCUUGGCAAACGUAAUGGUGAUUUAACUAACAAAUUCGAUAAUCUUGAAACCGAUGAAUUAAAUGAUGAUAUAAAGGACUCUUUUUUGAAAACGAUCAAAUGUUUGACGGAUGAGGUUGAUCAAUUACGACAGUACAUUGACAACGUUCAUAUAAGUGAUUCGAUGCUAGUUCAAAUUGAGGAAUGGGAAAAGGUCAAUAAACAAUUUGUACCUACAGACCUUUGUGCAAAAUUACUUCUUACCUUACAAGAAAAUAAUGUAACGACUGUUUACGGAAUUUCCGGAAUUGGUAAAUCAGCAACAAUACAUCAUGUGGCGCUACUUUUGCGGGAACAAAAUCAGUAUGAAAUCCUUCCUUGCCACAGUCCUGAAGAUAUAAUAAACAAGUUUAAGAAAAAUGAAAACCAAGUUUUUGUGUUUGAUGAUGUGUGUGGCAGAUAUUCGGCCAUACAAAAUGAAAUUAACCUUUGGAAAAAGUAUGAGCCCUUCCUAAAACGUAUAAUAAGAGAAAAGAACGUAAAAGUUAUAACUUCGUGUCGCUUGCAGGUUUUUAAGGAAGAACAGUUUCAGCGAAUAGGGUUUCUCAAGGAAUGUUCAAUCGAAUUUUCGGAUAAUUUGAUAACUCAAGAUCAAAAACGGUCAAUAUCUGAAAAAUAUCUUGAUGCUCAUUUGAUACCUGCUAUUGAAAAUGUCAUUAACAAAUGCGAUUUCUUUCCUUUAAUGUGUUCUUUGUAUGAAAAUCAUAUAGAAAAAGAUAUUGUUGACUUUUUUGAAAACCCGCUAGAUAUUUAUAUGUCUGAAUUUGACAACAUUAAAGAAGAACCUCAAAAACUGAAAUAUUUUACAAUUGUAUUAAUUGUUAUUUGCAACGGGGAACUGCGUUUUCCUUUAAAAGAAGACAGUGAUUAUAAUUUAGUUCAUAUGGAGGUAUAUUUGCAGAAUCUUUGUGAAGAGUGUGGUAUUUUUAGUGGAACUUCUAAAACCGAUAUAUUAAUGCAAAUGAAUUCAUUAGUAGGUACAUUUUUAAAAAUUGAACACUAUUGCAACAAGGCUGGAAACGAGAUGGUUAUUUAUCGACCGAUUCAUGCCAAACUAUUUGACUAUAUGUGCUAUCAUUGUGGAUUAAAACAAAAUUUCCAAAAUGUGAUUAUCAAAUAUGCUUGUAGUUCAUUAUUAAGUCAACGUACUUGUCUAGAAUCAUUACCGGGAACAGAGGAAACACCAAUAGUGAUCUGUCCUGAGAAUGAAAAGGAGUUUUUUAAUCGGAUUAUCAGGGAUAUUUUAGAAGUCUAUUCAGAAGAUGUACUCCGAAGUCCACAAAUGAAAUGUCUAGAGUACAGACAAAAACUGAUUCGGUUUCUUACUUGUAAAGCGCAAAUGAUAAAAGAUGCAUUUAAAAAUAAGCAUACUAGAAGGAAAGUAUUAGAUAGAAUUUUCUCUUCCAAUUAUCCUGAUCUAAUUGCAGCCGUAAGUGAUAUCCUGAUGGACAUAGAGGGUAAUUUAAUGUAUAAUUUAGAUCUGGCUUAUUGUACUGACAAACCUUCUUUAUCAAGGUCCGCUAAAACAGCCUGUGUUAUUAAUACAGCAUUUAUUUCUGUUCAAAAACAUUGCUAUACGCCUCUGGUGUGUGCUUGUGUCAAAGGCCACGCUGAAAUUGUUAGACUACUUAUAGAUUGCGGUGCUAGUGUUAACUCGAAUACUUCAUACAGGAAAUGUUCUCCACUGAUAGCGGCAAUAAUGGGAAACUUCUCCUCCAUUGUCGACACAAUUUUAAAGAAUCGUGAUAUAGACGUUAAUAUAGCAGACAAUAAACAUGUAACCCCAUUAAUGGUGGCAUGCAAUAGUGGAAAUUUCGAAAUGGUUUGUUCCCUUGUACAGAAAGGAGCUAAACUGGAUGUUAUUGAUAAAUGCGGACAAACAGCUCUAAUGUUUGCAAGUAGGCAUGGAUAUUCUGAUAUCGUAGAAUUUCUCUGUGAACAAAAUGCAAACAUUAACCUCAAAAGUAGAAAAAAAUGGACAGCUUUGAUGUUUGCAUGUAAAGGAGGCCAUACUCAUAUUGAAGGUACUUUGAGAUUCAAAGAAGAAAACUCAAUGAAUAACACUGAGGAUAUUGCCAAACCUGAAAAUACAGAUUUACGCAGAGAGGAGGAAAUUGAACUCUCAGAAUUUGUUACGACGUUGUAA